CAUGGUUCAAAGACACUGUUGCUCAUUGCAUAAAGCUAAGCAAAACGCCUUGGCAUGCGUCUUUUCCCCUUGCAACCAUGACUCCUUGCUGCAACCGCCCCAGAACUCCUGUUCCAUCCCUCCGACUCUUAUUGCUGUCCCUCUUCCAGUUGUUGUGCUUCAUGAUUCCCCAUGCAAGUCCACUCUCCUUCAAUUACUCUAUCUUCAAUCAGGAUGCAACGGGAGACCUAACAAGCUACGAGGACGCCACGCUUCAGAGCAACGCCAUCCAACUCACCAGGAACCAAAUGAACACGUACUUGGAAAGGAGCAUGGGCAGUGUUGUGCAUAAUGAACCAGUGCAUCUCUGGGACAAACGUUCAGGUAAACUCGCCGACUUCACUUCGAAUUUCUCUUUCACUAUCGAUGGCCUCAACAAAUCAAGAAGCGCCGACGGGAUAGCCUUCUUCCUCUCGUCUUACCCAUACUAUAAUGAGACCUUCAAUCAUUCAUGGGGUGGGGCUCUUGGGCUAUUCGACCGCAAUGGUACUAACAUGACGAGAAACAAGAUCGUCGCCGUCGAGUUUGAUAGCUACAUAAACCCCGAGUAUAAUGAUUCUAGUGCCAAUCAUGUGGGAAUCGACAUCCACAGGAUUGUUUCCGUUGCGCAUGUGGAGUUGAAUACAAGUAUAAGGCAAAAAGCCAUACUUUUUGCAUCUGUUUGUUACAAUGCUAGUACUAGAAAUUUGAGUGUCUUCCUUAGCAAUUCCUCAGAUCCUAGGAGGAAUUGGAGUCUGUCUUAUGGUGUCGACUUGAGGGAUUACCUGCCAGAAAAGGUUGUCGUUGGCUUCUCAGCCUCCACAGGUGACCUGUAUGAGGUACAUACCAUCUUCUCCUGGAGUUUCAGUUCCAAAGAUCUUGGACUGAGGCAUAAAAGGUCUAAAGCCUUGGAGUUUGCUAUUCCUUCAGGAAUUUUAGUAGGUUUGUUCUGUGCGAUGUUUUUUAUCAGAAAAUAUAUGCGUAAGAAGGUUAGUAGAAACAUGGCAGAAGACGAAGACACGGCUAUGGAUGUUUUAGUCGGUGAUGCAAUUGAGAGGGCCAGUGGGCCUAGGAGAUUUCCUUAUAGCUUACUUCUGAGUGCAACGCAUAAUUUUGCAAGGGAGAGGAAGCUAGGGGAAGGAGGAUUCGGGGAGGUUUACAUGGGAGUAUUGCAUGAUCCAAAGCUUGAAGUGGCAAUUAAAAGGUUCUCUAAAGAUUCCAAGCAAGGUAAGAGAGAGUACAUAUCUGAAAUCACGACCAUCAGCCAGUUAAGGCAUCGCCAUCUUGUGCAGCUUAUUGGCUAUUGUCAUGAAAGGGGCGACUUGUUGCUUGUCUAUGAGUACAUGUUGAACAGAAGCCUUGAUUACCAUCUAUAUGGCAAGGAUAGAUUUCUUACAUGGCCCGUUCGGUACAAGAUUGCUUUGGGGUUGGCCUCGGCGUUGCUCUACCUUCAUGAAGAGUGGCAGCAAUGCAUCAUCCACCGAGACGUGAAGCCAAGCAAUGUGAUGUUGGAUUCAGAGUUCAAUGCUAAACUUGGUGAUUUCGGAUUGGCAAGGCUCAUGGAUCAUGAUUGCAACCCACUAACAACGGUUUUGAUGGGGACCAGAGGAUAUAUUGCGCCAGAAUAUGCUGUUACAGGAAAACCUAGCAAAGAAUCUGAUGUCUAUAGCUUUGGAGUGGUUAUAUUAGAAAUAGCAUGCGGCAGAAAGCCCAUUAUUGAAGAUAAGGAAAUGAAGGGUAAAGUAAAUUUGGUACAGUGGGUUUGGGAGCUUUAUGGAAGAAAGAUGUGUUUGACUGCAGCAGAUGAAAGACUGAAGAUGGAGUUUGAUGAGCAACAAAUGGAACGCUUGAUGGUUGUAGGGUUAUGGUGUGCCCACCCGGCAUCAGAUCUAAGGCCAUCCAUAAGGCAAGUGAUUCAUGUUCUUGAGUUUGAUGCUCCAGUACCAAAUUUGCCACCUAAAAUGCCUGUUCCAGUAUACUGUCCUCCAUCUGGAGAUUUGUUUAAUCCUGGAUCAACUUCAUCGGAUACAUACUCUGCUUCAUCAUGGUCGAUAUCUGGUCGCUGAAGGAUGGGAAGUCAUGUGAAAAGGUCUAAUCUUGAACCUAUACCAAUUAGAUAAGCAAGUUUUGUUUCAGCAAUACAAGGAAGUUCCUAAUUACAUAGCAUGGGCAUUUUUAUUGUUAACUAUCUUUGGUUGUAUAUGACCAGGAAAGUGUAUACAGAAACAUGCAACAUCUAUUUGAAUUUCUGGAAGUA